GGCCUGGAGGCCAAAGGGAACAAGCAGGACCUGAUCAACAGGCUCCAGACGUACCUGGAGGAGCACGCUGAAGAAGAGGCAAAUGAGGAAGAUGUCCUGGGAGAAGAAAUAGAGGAAGAAGAGCAGAAGCCGGUAGAGCCACCCGUCAAAGUCGAGGAGCCUCCUGUAAAAUCGCCUGAUGUGAGUACGGAAAAGAAAGUAGUGAAAAUAACAUCAGAAAUAUCGCAGAUGGAGAGAAUGCAGAAGAGAGCUGAACGCUUCAACGUGCCGGUGAGCCUGGAGAGCAAGAAGGCGGCACGUGCAGCUCGGUUUGGAAUGGCCCCAGUUUCCACUAAAGGCCUCUCUGCAGACAGCAAACCUACGGUAAACAUGGAUAAAUUAAAGGAAAGGGCUCAGAGAUUUGGGUUGAAUGUCUCUUCGCUCUCCAAGAAGAGCGAGGAGGAUGAGAAACUGAAGAAGAGGAAGGAGCGGUUUGGCAUCGUGACGAGUUCAGCCGGGGCCGGAGCUACAGAGGACACAGAGGCAAAGAAGAGGAAAAGAGCAGAGCGCUUCGGGAUUGUGUGACGCCGUCCGCGCGGCUCCAGCCCCUUUGCAGUGUGCCUCUUGAAAGAUCUCUCUCGAGCUGGAUAACUCCCAGACUUGCUGAAGGAGCCCCAGUCUUCUCCGAGCUGCCAGACAGUGCAGGAAAGCUCCGCUGUUGUCCUAGGACCCGGGUUGUAAAAGCCUUGGAAGUUCUUGGUAACUGUAGGAACACGGUUCCUUCCA